AAACCUGACUUCCUUUAUUAUCAUUCAAAAUGCAAUUGCAUUCGGAUUGACUUUCCUCCCAUUAAUCAGAGUAACGCGCUUUGAAUCCAUCUGCGCGGCUCAUGGUAUUGUUUUAGCCGCAGAAGAGCUUCGGCGCGUUCACACCUCGGCACACACUAAAGGCGGCUUGGUUUCGGUGCCCGAUGACCUUGACAUGGAUCACACGCAGCACUUCAAAGGCAGCGCGCGCGCAGAGGAUCAUCAAACGGCGCUGCAGUUUCUGUAAGUUUGGAAAGGAGCUUAAUUAAUAGGCUCGACAUCAGCGAACCGAAGUCAUUCCCUCCAAGGAGAGCAAGACCAGAGAGCAAGACCAGACCUCGGAGCUGUCUGUCCUCGGUCUCUCUCUCUCUCUGUCUCUGUUUUAUUCCACUGGAAGUGUUGGAUUUAUUCUUGUUGUUAUUACUAUGAAACAGCUGGUGUGCGGGAUUUUAUGCGUGGCGCUGUGGGUGCGCUCGGUGUCCGCCAGUGCGCGCGUCGGCAGGAAGCGCGGAUCCGCUAAAGGACCUUACCCGCUCUACAUGAUGCACCUUUACCGGACUUUACUAGCCGGUGACGGGAAGAAAUCAGCGGGGACUUCGAGCGCGGGAGUCGGAUACGAGCUUCCAUCUCUGCACCACUCCGAUUCAGUGCUCAGCCUCGUCGCCAAAAGUUGCUACCAGGUGGGUGACAAGUGGGCGGUCACGUUUGACAUGUCCUCCAUCUCGGCGAGCGACGAUGUGCGGCACUCAGAGCUGCGCCUGCGCCUCCCGGAGUUCUCCGCCUCUGAGCAUCCCAUGGUGGACAUCUAUCACGCUCCCAAAGGCGCCGAGGAGCGUCUUCAUCUGGGUCGCAUUGACAACACGUCGAGCACGUCUACAUCCUCACACUCCUCUUGGAGAGUCCUGAAUAUCACCCAGCUGCUGAAGUACUGGCUACACCAGGGGGGUCUGCCUCCCACCCAGGUACGCCUGGAUGACGGAGCACCCCAGGACCUUGAGCAUGGCAUCCAGCAUCCGACAACCAACAGCGUCAUGAUGGUGGUUUACUCCAAGCAGAUGAGGACAGAAUCGUCUACGCUGAUCCGGACAGCUGAGCACUCCAAGUAUGUGGCUCAGGAUCGGGCGCUGUCUGAGCCUGUGGCCCGGAGACACAAACGCAACCACCGGGCGCAUAAGAGAGUGAGCGAGGCGGCAGGGGACAGUGCGAUCCCAGCUCUCACACAAGUUGAGGGUGAACAGAAGACCCUGUGCAAGAAGGUGGACAUGUGGGUAGACUUUGACCAGAUUGGUUGGAGCGAGUGGAUUAUUUAUCCAAAGAGAUACAACGCAUACCGCUGUGAAGGUGACUGCCCUACACCGGUGGACGAGUCGUUUGCGCCAACGAAUCACGCAUACAUGCAGAGCCUGUUGAAGCUACACCAACCGGACCGCGUCCCGUGUCCAUCCUGUGUACCUACACGCCUGGCUCCUCUCUCCAUGCUCUACUAUGAGAACGGGAAGAUGGUGAUGAGGCAUCACGAAGGCAUGGUGGCAGGGGCAUGCGGCUGCCACUGAUCUGACUCUCCAAACACUCAGCCAAAUCGACUUCAGCACUUACGGCAUGUUUACCUGCCCGUUCCCAACAACGAGAGACUGCCAGAGAACUUUAGCACUAAGCAGAGAGACGAUGUAGAAAUGUGGACAGCGCAGAAAGACAUUUCUUCAUUUCAUCAUUCAGGAACCAUAGCCCUUUCAUAUACCAGCAACAGACGAUUCGUUCCUUUUAAACGACUCAUUUAAGUAAAUCAAUUAUCACACAUGAACCAUCCCCCCGCCCCCGAAAGACAGCCAUUUGAUAACGUAUCAUGCUCAGGGUUUAUAAUUAGCCAUUCGGACUGGCUAACAAAUU